AUGGCUCAAGACCGCAUCCGCAAUAUCGCCAUCGUAGGCGCAACAGGCCAACUGGGCAAGCACAUCACAGGCGCCCUCCUCAAGAAUCCCUCCUUCAAGGUCACAGCCCUCACCCGCGGCACCGACUCUUCAUCUUUCCCCGCAGGCAUCGCCGUGAUCCCAGUCGAUUAUACCAGUCCCUCCACCCUCACUUCCGCUCUCAAGGGCCAAGACGCCCUCAUCAUCACCCUCGCCGUCAGCGCCCCACCGGACACGCAAUCGAAACUGAUCAAAGCCGCCGCCGAAGCCCGCGUGCCGUGGGUCCUGCCCAACGAGUACGGCAACAACACCGACGCCUCCGCCUCCAACGACGUGCGCACGGGGCCGCCGAAGCAGACAGCCCGCAAGCUCGUCGAAGACCUGGGCGUGAGCUCGUGGCUCGGCAUCGUGAGCGGGUUCUGGUACGAGUACUCGCUGUCCGGGCCGGGGCUGUAUGGGAUCGACAUCGCAAAGCGGGAGGUUGUGUUGUUCGACGAGGGGACGCAGCGCGUGAAUACGAGCACGUGGGCGCAGGUGGGGCGGGCGGUUGCGAGCCUUCUCGCGCUGCCUGUGGACGCAGAAAAGGAUGGGGAAGCGGCACUAGGCGCGUACCGGAAUAGGUUUGUUAACAUUUCGUCGUUCGCGGUGAACCAGCGGGAGAUGCUGGAUGCGGUGAAUCGCGUGAUGGGGUUGGGCGAUGCGGACUGGAAGAUUGAACGGAUUGGUGCGAAGCAGCGGUUUGACGAUGCGCGGAGGAUGAUGGCUGAGGGGAAUAGGAUGGGAUUUGCGUACAUGCUGUAUACGCGGUACUUCUUCCCCGGGGAGGAUGCGGCAUUGUACGAGAAGACGGCAGGGCUGGAUAAUCAGAAGUUGGGGCUGCCGGUAGAGGACUUGGAUGAGGCCACGAGAUUGGCUGUUAAAAUGGCCGAGGAUGGGUAUUUCUCGAAGCUCUCCUAUGCCAGAUAG